AUGCCCGGCGCAGACGUUUUAUUCGCACCUGACUAUACUUCGGUUUCAUUCGAUUUCGAAGAUUUUGUGAGAGAAGAACUAGGUCUUGGUCUCCAUGGACCAGACCAAAUAUGUCAAGCAUACCUUCGAGGAAACUGUCACAAAGGCUCCAAAUGCGAAUUCAAACACACAAAUAGUGCACGAGAGAAAGCUGUCGUAUGCAAGCAUUGGUUACGUGGCUUGUGCAAAAAAGGAGACCAAUGCGAAUUCCUUCAUGAGUUUAAUAUGCGAAAAAUGCCAGAAUGCUGGUUCUAUUCGCGAUAUGGCGAGUGUAGUAACGAGGAUUGCAUGUAUUUGCAUAUAGAUCCCGAGAGUAAAAUUAAAGAAUGUGCUUGGUAUGCAAGAGGAUUUUGUAAACAUGGUCCAAAUUGCCGGCACAAGCAUGUACGCAAGGUUGUGUGUCAAUUGUAUCUGACUGGGUUCUGCCCAAAAGGACUGAAUUGUCCUAAUGGCCAUCCAAAAUAUGAAUUACCGGUAACACGUGGUGAUUAUGAUGGAGCCUCAGAAUUGGACAAUCAUAAAAGUAAUGAAAAUAAUGCUGAGGAGAAUCAACGACCUCAAAAUCAUCAUGGUCAUCGACCGCUGUCCGAAGUUACAUGUUUUAAGUGCGGACAAAAAGGUCAUUUCGCAAAUCGAUGUCCGAAUGGAGGUGGUGGUGGUGGAGGCAAACAAAUCUUGAUAGAAAAACGACUUAGAAAAAGAUUUGCGGCGACUUCUUUUAAAAAACGGAACAAUUUCGAAAUGUCAUUUUGA